AUGGGUCACUAUGAUGGAGCCCUUUUCGGUACCAACCCUCCGUUCAAUGAGUCUUACACAGAGGAGCUCUUUACAAAGAAUCGGGCCAUUGUCGGCAUGCUGAAAUCUCUUCCGACCAUUCUUAUCGCUGAUAUCAACGGACAAGCCACCGGUUCAGGCAAUGAGUUUCUUGUACAAUGCGACAUGGCCUUUUCAGGCCCCAACACCAUUCUAGGAGCUCCCGAAGUUGCAGUUGGCGGAGUCCACGGGAAUGGUGGAAUUCAACAUCUUGUGCGAUUAAUCGGAAUACAGCGAACCGCAGAAUACAUGCUUACUUCCAGUGGAAUCGAUGCCCUGACUGCUGCGGAGAUUGGGUGGGUCAACAGAAUGUAUAGGUCAGAAGUCAAGCUUCGCAGAGCUGUAGAUGAGAUUGCCGGUAGAAUCGCUCUGUUUCCAGCUGCAGGCCUCAACGGAACAAAAGCCAUGAUUCGGGAAUUUUCUGCGCCGCCUUCAACUGUUGAAGCCGACAUUGCAACCAUUUUCAGAUUGGAGGCGGGUGAAAAGGCUCCCGAUGCAGAGUAUCUACGCAUCAGCAAGAAUCAGAGCCGCCAGUUUGAGCUCGGUGUACCAGACAACAUGGUCGAGAUCUGGGAGUAG